CGUCGCGACGCUGUAGACGACGGACCAGCCCCAUAGCAACGUCCGUCGUCGUUGUUCACAUGUUUCGUGUUUUGCUCUUGGCAGAGAUCACACACACACGCACACCAUUUUGCAGCCUCAAUCUAUUAGUUGUUAUAGAGCUCGCGAGUUGUUUUUUUCGUGAUUUUCUUCUCUCUGUUUUCAAUUGAGAAGGAAACGUUUUCGUGUUUAAUUGGGUAGAGACUUAGGGUUGAAUUGGGGCGAGUUUGGUGCUAGUUGUCGUUGUCGUAAUUUGUGGGGGAAUCCCCCAAAGGCGCCACCACGAUUUUUGGGGACAGUCAUAAGCUGGCAGGUGGGGGUGGCAGAGGGAUGUUCUGCUAUCACUGCCCACCUGCUCUCCAUCCCGGAGCUCCGCAACCAAGACUGCCCACCUUGGAAUACCCUUUUACCCCGUCACACCCAUAUACUAGCUACUCCUAUCAUCCGGCUAUCCACGAUGACACUUUCGUAAGGAGAAAACAGAGGAGAAAUAGGACAACAUUUACUUUACAACAAUUAGAAGAGCUAGAAAGUGCAUUUGCCCAAACCCACUAUCCGGACGUUUUUACCAGGGAAGAUUUGGCCAUGAAAAUCAAUUUGACUGAGGCCAGAGUGCAGGUUUGGUUCCAAAAUCGUAGGGCAAAAUGGCGUAAAGCAGAGCGCCUGAAGGAAGAACAACGCAAGAGAGAUGGCAUCGACGUGGUUAAAAGAGAUGGAGAAACGAAAGAAGAAAAGAUUGAAGAUGGUCAAACGACAAGUUCACCGGAGAUCGCGGCCGACGACGACAUUGCUCGGGAAUGUUCGAGUCGCAGCUCCCUGGAUCGGGAGAGUCCCGAGCCGAGCCGAAGUGUAACCGAAGCAGCCCCUUCUAGCCCCACCUCAUCACCGCACAGUAAUCCAGCUUCGCCGACAGUUUCGGAACCACCGAAACAAGUUGCGCACGCAAGUUUUUCGCAUAUAUUUCCAUUUGGAGACGGCGCUACGGGUGGUUUUAGGCCAGUGCUGGACAGUGGUAACGGACCGAGAAACACCCCGCCAUCCCUUUUCUUCCCACCCCAUUUGGCCUCUCAUAUCGGCUCUCAAUUCUCGCCGCCCUUAUUUCCAAGCCUUAAAGGUUUCCCGGGUCUUUGCUCGUGCUGCCCAAUCAAACCGCUCUCCUCCCACCACCACCUGCUCCCCACCACCGAUCACACAGCCAAUCCGAGCUCGCCGAUUCCCAACGACCAGAGACAAUCCAGCGUUGCCGAGCUGCGCAGAAAAGCUCAAGAACAUUCCGCGGCGCUACUGCAGAGCUUACAACACGUUGCCAAUUUUCAACAUGCGGCCGGUCUAAAUUUUCCACUGUUGCCGCCGCUUACUUUACAAGCUUUACAGCGGAAACACGAGGUGGGUAGUGGAGGAAUGAGUCCACCGGAAGAGGGCGUAGUUAAGGAUCAUUCACCAGCAUAAGCGGAGUGUGCGCGGGGGUUUUAUGUUUAGUCAAUUUGCUGAGUGUCAAAUUUGGAUCAAAAUUUUAAUAUUUUGUAUAUAAUGGUGUAUUUAGUAUUAUUGUUACCAAUAACGUGAUGUGAUCAAAGUAUUAUUAGAAUAAAAUUGUGUAAAUGUGUAAAUAGACAGUAUGCAAUAUUUUAAAUUAGAGAGAAUUAGGUGAAUAAAAUGACGUUUUAAACCCA